AUGGAAAAUAAAAUCCUAGUCUGGAAGGAAGAAUGGCCAAUUCAGCCGCGCGCGCCAGCAAAGCUCAACCGGGGCGGCGGGUGGGUAGAAACCGGGAGGGGAAGGUCUGGGGGUGUGAGGGUGGAGCGGAGCCCGGCCCCGCGAUCCGGCCCGGGUUUUGCAUGCCACCCACUCGCCCGCUCGGCCGCGGAGAAUUCCAUAAUCACAGCGGGCGAGAGCGGAGACUGGGAGCGAAAAAUCCGGGAUCCGGCAACUUUGGGCAGCGCAUGCGCGCCCGCGGCGCUCCAUCCCAAACACACACACAUUUUUCCCCCGGACUUGGAAAGUCACCCAAAGCCGCCCCAAGUGCAGGUAAGAGACUCGGCGCUCCCUCCGCCGCGCCCCCCCGACCCCCUCAGCUCCGCGGCCCUCCCGGGGUGCUUCCCCGCCUCGCCCCCAGUCCGGGUGCAGUCCCCCACCCCCGGGGCUGCCGCUUGCAGCCGGGAGCGGGCGAGCGAGCGAGCGAUCGAGAGAGCCAGCCAGCCAGCCAGCCUGCGCGCGGCGGCUGCCACCCAACUCCGGCCGUGCGGGAGGCAGGGGGCACGGAGGGCUGGCACCCGGGCGCAGGGAAUGCCCAGCGCGCGAUUCCGGGGAAGGAGAGGGCUGCUGCUCCUGGGGGUCACUUACUCCAACUGA